AACCCAAGACAACCAUUUUAACUCAAGUAAACUAAGGGUGUUCUGUCGUCUCCAGGGGAUCUUCCUCAUCCUCGUCUUCCUUUGAAAAUCGACAUGGGCUCGGUUUCCUACUUCGAGGCCCAAUACUUUUGUCCACGGUCUGGCCAGGUUCAAUCUCCACCAGAAGAGGCACCUGAUGGCUGAUCAACGUGACCACGGACAUGGGCCUCAUUCUCGGAAUCGGACUCAUAGUCCUCCACAUAACUGAAAAGCGGGCCUCCUUUUCCCGAUCUCAAUAUAGCCUCCCUCAUUUCAUGGGUACGGGAUGCGAACCGCUGGAUAUGGGGGACCGCUUCAUCCACCAACGCUUGGUUUAUAACUUCUCUCAAGUCCCUAGUACAGUCCGCCAGACUUUGGACCUCGUCCUUCGUGAGAACUCGAUGGACGACUACAUAAUCUGGAUGUUCUUUGAAUCGUUCGCCCGCCUCUCUAAGUGACUCAGGACUCACGAGGCGUCGGUCAAUAUAGGGCUGGACACGAA